UAUAGAGAUGUAGGUGCAGUUAGACAUGCGCAGAAGUAGGGGGAGGAGGGGGCGGGGCGUGGGUCACAUGAGCAGUCACAUGAGCAGGAAGCAGAGAGGAGACUGAAGAGAGAAAUACAGAACCGUGUCGGUAUGAUGACCUCUGAAAGUUCCCCUCUUCUUCAUUACCGACUGUUUAGUGCGUCAGAUGGAGCCUUGGGCCCCCCCGAUUCAUCUCCAUGUGGGACAGAAGCUGUUGCCAUGGGGACUGGACCCACCCAACGCAAACUCUCCACGUUUUUUGGGGUUGUUGUGCCCACUGUCCUGUCCAUGUUUAGCAUUGUGCUUUUUAUGAGAAUUGGGUUUGUGGUGGGACACGCCGGACUCCUUCAGUCGCUAUUGAUGCUGUUUGUGGCUUAUGUGAUCAUCUGGCUCACUGUUCUCAGUGUGUGUGCCAUAUCCACCAAUGGUGCAGUCCAGGGGGGCGGAGCCUACUUCAUGAUCUCACGCACCCUGGGACCAGAGUUUGGAGGCAGCAUCGGACUCAUGUUCUACCUGGCUAAUGUGUUUGCGUGUGGGGUGUAUGUCCUGGGACUGGUAGAAGCAGUGCUGGAUGUGUUCGGUAGAGACCCAUCAGACGUUACGGACUCUCUGCGGUCCCUUCCUCAGGGCUACGGUUACAGCUUCCUGUACGCCAGCAUCAUCCUCCUCCUCUGUAUGGCCAUCUGUCUGGUUGGUGCCUCCAUUUACUCCCAGGCAUUAUUUUUCAUCUUCCUGUUGGUUUUCGUGGUUCUCCUGACGAUUCUGAUCAGUUUUCUGGCAGUCAGGCCCCUCACUGUGAGCAUCCGGCAUGGGGGAAAUGUGAGCAUGACAGGGGUGUACACAGGAAUAAACAGCAGCACCCUCCAUAAUAACCUGCAGGCUGAUUAUUCUCUGGAUUAUACAACCGGCAACCUCAUGAACUUCGCCACUGUGUUUGCUGUGAUGUUUAAUGGCUGCACUGGUAUUAUGGCUGGCUGUAACUUGUCUGGGGAGCUGAAACAGCCCAGUCGCUCCAUCCCUAUUGGAACCAUCAUUGCUGUUAUUAUCACAUUUUUUGUCUACCUGAUACUCUUUAUCUUCACUGCCCUCACCUGUGACAGGACGCUGCUCAGGGAGGAUUAUGGUUUCUUCCGGGCCAUAAACAUCUGGCCCCCGUUUGUGCUAAUUGGGGUGUACGCCACAUCUCUCUCUGCCUCUAUGAGUACUCUCAUCGGAGCCUCACGCAUCUUGCACGCUUUAGCUAAGGAUGAUCUGUUUGGGGUCCUUCUGGCUCCAGCCAAACUAGUGUCCAAAGGAGGAAAUCCCUGGGGAGCUGUGAUGUACACCUGGGCCUUGGUACAGUUGGUCCUGCUGGUGGGGAAGCUGAACACCAUCGCUGGAAUAGUCACCGUCUUCUACCUCAUUGCAUACGCAGCUAUAGACUUGGCUUGUCUGGCAUUAGAGUGGGCAUCAGCACCCAACUUCCGACCCACAUUCCGGCUCUUUUCCUGGCACACAUGCCUCCUGGGAAUCGUGAGCUGCCUGGUGAUGAUGUUCCUUAUUAACCCUGCAUAUGCCUCGGGAAGCAUCGUCCUCCUCCUCCUUCUGCUUGGAUCCAUUCACUUCAGGAGCUCAAGUAGCAGCUGGGGGUACAUAAGUCAGGCUCUAAUCUUCCAUCAAGUACGGAAAUAUCUUCUCCUGCUGGAUGUGCGCAAGGACCACGUGAAAUUCUGGCGCCCGCAGAUCCUUCUGUUGGUGUCCAACCCUCGCACCUCCUGCCAACUUAUUAACUUUGUCAAUGACCUGAAGAAGGGCGGCCUGUUCAUCCUGGGGCAUGUGGAGACUGGGGAUCUGGAUUCGCUGCCCUCUGACCCAGUACAGACCCAUUACAGCUUUUGGCUCAGUCUGGUGGAUAAACUUAAUGUCAAAGCCUUUGUGGAUCUGACUCUGUGCCCCAAUGUCCGGCAAGGAACUCAGCAUCUUCUGCGUAUCACUGGGCUGGGGGGCAUGAAGCCCAAUACAGUGGUCCUUGGCUUCUACGAUGAUGCUUGCCCAGAUGACUACUUCCUACAAGACCAAUUAUUCACCCCAGGCCUGUCCCCUAAAGAUGAUCCAUUUGGAGUGGAUGCGACAUCUUUGCAGGCUCAUUUUCCCCCUGUCCGUGAUGCCGAGACCUCGCGCCUUCUCUCAGCCAAGGACUAUGUCUCCAUGAUCUGUGAUGCACUCAAGAUGCACAAGAACAUUGUUUUAGCUCGGAAUUUCCCUCUGUUAUUCAGGCCUGAUGCCUCAAGCUCCAGCCCAGCCACAUACAUUGACGUGUGGCCCUUGGACCUCCUUCGGCCCCAAGCUUCAGCCUAUGUUGAUGUCUGUAGCCUUUUCCUUUUACAAAUGGCAUGUAUUCUGAACAUGGCCUACUCCUGGCGCCGCUAUCAGCUGCGAGUCUUCCUCUGUGUAGAGUCCAGAGGAGGCAGUGAUGGGGCUAGUGGCUGGCUAGCGGCGGAGGCAAAGUUCAGGGAGCUGUUGAGUAAGCUGAGAAUCAGAGCCUUGAUCCGUGUGGUGGCCUGGGACAGGGUUGCGGCAUUUCGUGUACAAAAUAGUGGAGAGCAGGGUCUGAACCGUGAGCCCAUCUCAAGCGAAUACCUUAACGCUGCCAACAGUGCUGUGACUGACGAAGGGGGGACGGAGACAGCAGUGCGAUUUCUCUAUCUCCCCCGACCCCCCGCUGACUCCUCUCUGCAUGAACGUUACCUGGAGGAACUGGACACCCUCACAUCAGGACUGGGCCCUACGUUACUUAUUCAUGGCCUGACUCCCGUCACCUGCACCGAGCUCUAACGGACAUUCCUGCGGCACUCAGACUUCUAGACACUUGUUUAUUAUGGCAGUUAGUCCUGACUAAUCUCAGUAACCCCGGGCUUCUCUCUUGUUUUGCAGAUGGCACUCCUCUAGGGCAUUAUUAACCACUAAUAUUCCUCCGCUGCUUCUUAUAUUGAACCCAUGUGCUGACACUUCUUCUCAGUACCAUCCCUGGAAUCCUUUUCCAGCUCACACUCCACCCGUCGGUGCCAAGGUUUUCCUUUCAAUCUCUCACAUUGUGUUGCCUGCGCUCACCUUGUGGUUUGGUAACUUUUACACUCACUGUUGGUUUCACGCUCAUCACAUUCCCAGGAUCCUUUGGAGCUCCUGUAUAUUUUUACUUUUUCUUUUUUUUUACAUAGGUUCAGUUGCACUAAAUAAUCGUAAUUGAAUGUAUUCUGCUCAUGGGCUUUGUGUCAGCCCUCCCUCACCUUCCCCUGAACACUUAAAUCUGUUCUGCUGUCAGCGCCUUCUAACAAGGUUCCAUAAUGAGAAAUGCCAAGUGUUUUCAGACACUUAGUUAUUCAGUAAUAUCAGUAUUUUUCCCUCCUCGCAGCCUCACAGUUAUUUUAUAGAAAACUCACCACCGCUCCAUCGCUGGUGUAUCUUGCCUGUCUGUACAUUAUGCAGUGGGGAUAGAAAGAGGUUGCCAUUAAUGGGCUGUUUCCAUAUUAGGAGGAUCACUAUGGAGCUAUAUAUUUAUUAAGCAAUAUAAAACAUACUGUAUAUAAAAGCCCCCUCCCUCUCACACACACAGUAUAGGUUGCUUUAUAUCCACUUGAUCUUCCAGUACCUUCUCCCUCCCAGGGGCACAGACCAGCUUCUCCAUUGGGCUUCUCCCUUGGGCUUCUCCCUUGGGCUUCUCCCUUGGGCUUCUCCCUUGGGCUUCUAUCUUGGGUUUCUCCAUUGGGCUUCUCCAUUGGGCUUGUCCAUUGUGGCCAAAAGAAAGUUCCUCAUUGGUCCUUAUUCUCCCUCCCAAAGAGACGCUCUCCUGCUGGAGUUGCACUUUAGCCGUUGCUUUGGGAAUUGCCUUGGACAUUGUGCCGCGCCGAUGGGACGGUUAGAAAUGAUCUUCUCGUGACUGUUACGUCCUUUUAUCUGGAUUGCUUUUCUCUUUUAAGUGCUUUUUUUUUUUAAUAUGUAAGAUUUGGACUCUCAAUAAAAAGAAUAAAGCGGUGGAGUGAUUGUUGAGCAUGAUGUGCAUGGAUGUGACUGACGAGGAAAGGGAAGGUGCCUCAGUCAAUAACCUUCCCCUCUGUUCGUUGUAUCCAUGACGCACAUUUUCCUUUGUUUUAUGUACAGCAGCUCAGUGGUCUUCAUGGAACGUCUUCGUUAUUUAUUUUGUAUGAUUUUAUUAUGAUCAGCCUUCCUAUCCAAAUGAAUUCUCUCUAAAUUCUGGGGGUCGUUUUGAUGCAGCUGUAUCUGUAUUCUAAACCCACCCACUGCUUCAGUGACAAGCUUCCUCAUCCCCCCUAAACUGCCAGUUCUUGUCCCAACUAAUGUUGCAUUAUAAACCCCUUCCCCUCCCCUGAAAACUGCCAUUGAGUUUAGACCUACCGCUUGUGUUAAGACUCCCUGCUCCUCCCCUGAGUGUACUAGUCUCCUCCCCCUGCAAGAUGCUGUUAGUGUUUUAGCCCCACCUACUACUUGAGUUGUUGACUUUUUGUGAUCUGAUAAAGUCUAAUGUUAUCUGCCCAUUUUGUUUUUCCUCCUAAUAAAUGCACUUAAGCCGGCACGCUCGGGCAUUUGGGCAUGGGCAGAUCCCCACUACACACCAGGCUGCUUGCUGAGCGCUA